UUCCGGGGCGGAUCGGAAGUUGCUUUGUUUUGCUUCAAGAUGGCUGCGGGGAUGUAUUUGGAACAUUAUCUGGACAGUAUCGAAAACCUCCCAUUUGAACUGCAAAGAAACUUUCAGCUCAUGAGGGACCUGGACCAAAGAACAGAGGACCUGAAGGCUGAAAUUGACAAGUUGGCCACUGAGUAUAUGAGUAGCGCCCGCAGCCUGAGCUCCGAGGAAAAAUUGGCCCUUCUCAAACAGAUCCAGGAAGCCUAUGGCAAGUGCAAGGAAUUUGGUGACGACAAGGUGCAGCUUGCCAUGCAGACCUAUGAGAUGGUGGACAAACACAUUCGGCGACUGGACACAGACCUGGCCCGUUUUGAGGCUGAUUUGAAGGAGAAGCAGAUUGAGUCAAGUGACUAUGACAGCUCUUCUAGCAAAGGCAAAAAGAAAGGCCGGACUCAAAAGGAGAAGAAAGCUGCCCGUGCUCGUUCCAAAGGGAAAAACUCAGAUGAGGAGGCUCCCAAGGCUGCCCAAAAGAAGUUAAAACUUGUGCGCACAAGUCCUGAGUAUGGGAUGCCCUCAGUGACCUUUGGCAGUGUUCACCCCUCUGAUGUGUUGGAUAUGCCUGUGGAUCCCAACGAACCCACCUAUUGCCUUUGUCACCAGGUCUCCUAUGGAGAGAUGAUUGGCUGUGACAACCCUGAUUGUUCCAUCGAGUGGUUCCACUUUGCCUGUGUGGGGCUGACGACCAAGCCUCGGGGGAAAUGGUUCUGCCCACGCUGCUCCCAGGAACGGAAGAAGAAAUAGAUAAGGGCCUUGGAUUCCCACACAGUUUCUUCCACGUCCCCGGCCCCGGGCUAGUGGGGAGAGGAAAGCCUGUGUUGGGGCCCAGGGGCUCAGGGAGAGCGGUUGGCGCAGUGUUGUCACCCCUUCUCCUUCCCUCUCCCCACUCCUGGUGCUGAGGCUGCAUCCAAACCCUGGUAGGGAGGGGUGCUGCAGCCGCUAACUGUUUGUGCUCUCAUUCAGCCUGCCCCCCUCAGAGGGAAGUGGUUAUGCCCACUGUCCUUUCGCCUCCAUGCCGAGGUUGGUGCUGUAUUUCCGAGGGAUGGUCCUCUUUACUCCCCUUGCUUUGUAUUUAAGGACUUGGGGCAGUAGCAUGGGGGCACUCCCCAGCCCUCCUAAUUCCCUCCCCCUGUGGGGGGCUGUGGUGUGAUCAGCUUUCUUUGUUCUCCUCCUGCUUUUUCCAUGGUAGGGGCGCCCCCAGAGCAUCUGGGCAGUGGCCUUAGUUGAAGGGGCACCCCUUCCUCUGUGCCAACAGGAUUCAUCCUGGCCUUGUGAAUGGGAGAGGGGGCAAGGUGGAAUGCAGAUCGCUCACAUGUAAAGGAAUUUGAGUAGGUGAAUAAAAGCUCUGCGUGUUGGUCUGCUGUGUUUACUGUAGACACUAUUUUAGUACAUGUGCUAAUUAAACUUUUUUUUGCAUCCUCCGGGUUGGACUAGAGGGGGGAGGAUGACAAUGUCAGAAGUAGAACGAGACAUAGAACCAGAAGUGGUACCCCUGCUCCAGAGUCCACAACUUCUCACCUUGGGGAGGACAAAGCUGGCUGGGGGGUGUGCCUCUAGGGCUUUCCAAAACUUUUUACAAUUAUGCAUCUUUUCUCCGUAAACCAUCUUUCACUUGAUUUCCAAUAAACAUG